GAGUCAGGGAGGGCCUGCAGGAAGCUCUGACAGGUUUUACGUCUCCUCUUCUUCCCUCCUCCUCCUCCUCCUCCUCCUCGUACGUCAAUCGCUCCAUCAUCUCUGCCUUCACUUCACAUCGUGCUGGAAAUAUAGAUUUGAGAUAUAUAUCUACACGAAUAAGCCCAACAACACGCGAAAAACAUCGGCAUGGAUUUUUAGCGCAUUGUGUCAUGGAUAUAUGAGAGAAGAAAUGGAUUCCUUUUACCUGCUUCUUCCUCUUCUUGCUUUCCAAGUGCGUCUCAUCACUGCGGCCGACAGAAAAUACGGUUGCCUGUUUGAGGAGAAUCUGUGCAUGAACUAUGAGAUCUGUGUCAAUGAUGGAAUGUUUGGCCGUUGUCAGAUGAUGAUGGGAGCAGAUGUGUACACAUAUGAUAUCCCACCAGCAACCCUGCAGAGAUUUCGAACAUUAUUCUUGAAACUUUCACUUCGAGGCCUGUCAUGGCACGAUGACAUCACUCAGCAGGUCCUGUCUAAAGAAUUUUCGAAACUACACAGGAUCCCUCUGCCACCACCUGGCUCAAGACACCUGGUACAGGCAGCUUCUGUGGAAAGUGAAAGACUGAAUCCAUUGGAGGAGAAACUUAGCAAAAGUCUGCAGAAGUAUUUGCUGAACAUGAGUCUGCUGCCUAAACUAAAUGGUCAGGUCAUCAAAACGAAGUCUUCUCUGCCAUCGAUGUAUUAUUAUUCUGGAAAACCAAACCUUAAAAUCAGCACAGUCCCACCUGAAUUCACCCCAGAUUCACCCUAUCAGUCUGCUUCUUUCCCGGACCUUACUCGUUAUCAGAGUGACACAGUGUACAACACACAACAGCUGGAUGGUUCAGACUUCGCUCUUACUGCCUUAAAGCAGUAUGUGUCUCAAAAAAUGUCAUCUGGGCAGAGAGGUAGACCAAAACCAGAGCCAGUAUUCACAAAGGGUGGAUCCUCACAAUUGCUUGUCAAAAAACCUCUGACUCCAGUAGAUGAGACCUUUAUCCGAAAUGUUUUGCACAAUGUAGGAAGGCACAAUGUAGAUGUGCAGAGUUUGAGUCCAGCGGAUCUGGACCAGCUGGCCUCUCUCAUAGCUGAUGCUCUGCAAGUAGUAGAGAAACAAGCAGGAAAUGGAUACACACCCAGAGAUCUGACCCAAGAAACAGAAGAUCUGCAAACCGAAGAACAGAAUACUGGAGAACUGCCACCCAUUGAUCAGGAGCCAGGUGGAGAUUCAUGGAAUGACAAUACCUCAGAGUCAGUAAAGCAUCUAAGUGAAGAAACACCAAACACUCAAAUGUUUGAGACCAUGUCAGGUGGACAAAGCAGGAAGGAGCUGAGUUCUAGUGCAGAUCAUAAGGAUGGAGAAUUGUUGGGGAAGCUUCUGGAGUAUCUGGAUAAGUCCCCCACCUCAGAGGCGAGCUCUCCUGUAAAGGAGCAGGGUGCAUCUGUGGAGAGAGUACACAGCAGAACAACCGAGCUGGGUGUAAAAGUACAGAAGAAGGCAAUGGAACAGGUGGAGGAGGUGGAGGGAUGGGUGGAGGCUGCUGCUCUAGCGCCAUCCUCUGGUCUAGAGAUGGAUCUCACACCGCACAGGCAAAAUGUAAAAGUGCAGGAUCUGCAACUUGAUGUACAGACCAACAGUAAUAAUGAUGUAUAUGGCUACAUCAUAACAGAUACUGACUCUCUUCCCACUGAUCAAGGAUUGCACCUAAUGGAGCUCUUGUGUCGCAAAGCAAAGAUCAAAAUGACUGAUUUCCUUGACCUUUCUGUUGUUGGUCCAGCUGUGACAUUCCAGGUCCGCACUAAUGAUCAGAAUAUCACCACAGCUGCCAUUGCUAAUUUGGCUGAUAAACAGAAGGCUGCACUAGAGAAGGAGGCUGGAGUCACCAUUUUGGAGGCUGGAGUUACUGAUAAGACUACGUUAAAUCAAAUUCCUACUAAGUACAGCCACUCAGAAUCUAUGAAGUUCCUAAUCCUUACAAUAAUAUCCAUCGUCUGCAUCAUCAUGGUCCUGCUGAUCUCUAGUAUUAUUUACUGUCUGCGCCAUCGAUCACAUCACAAACUCAAAGAGAAACUCACCAAUCUCAGCACAGAUCCUGCUACUGAAGCCACAGCUACCUAUCAGGAGUUGUGUAGGCAGCGAAUGGCUGUGAAGCCCCCAGUGGAAAGAACAGAACUUCGACAGUCCUCUCGAAUUAACAGUGUGUCUUCUCAGCUGAGUGACGGACCAAUCCUUAGCCCCUCUGCUCGCACAAGCACUUCCUCCUGGAGUGAAGAGCCUGCGCACUCAAACAUGGACAUCUCCACUGGACAUAUGAUACUGUCAUAUAUGGAGGAUCACCUGAAGAAUAAGAACAGGUUGGAGAAGGAGUGGGAAGCUCUGUGUGCAUAUCAAGCAGAACCAAACAACUGCAGCAUUGGCCAGAGAGACUGCAAUGCCAAGAAGAACCGCACCUCCAAUAUCAUUCCUUAUGAUCAUUCUAGGAUUUGCCUGAAAAUUGAGAACAGCCAAGGCAACUCUGAAUACAUCAAUGCUAGUCCUAUUAUGGAUCACGACCCUAGGAACCCAGCCUACAUUGCCACGCAAGGUCCUCUGCCCUCAACUGUGUCUGACUUCUGGCAGAUGGUGUGGGAAAGCGGGUGUGUGGUGAUCGUCAUGCUGACUCCUCUCACAGAAAGUGGAGUUAAACAGUGUUACCAUUACUGGCCAGAUGAAGGCUCCAACCUCUACCAUAUAUAUGAGGUUAACCUGGUGUCAGAACAUGUGUGGUGUGAAGAUUUCCUGGUUCGUAGUUUUUACCUGAAGAACAUGCAGACCAAUGAAAGUCGCACAGUCACUCAGUUCCAUUACCACACCUGGCUCAACCAGCAUACACCUGAGACCAGCCAAGCUCUACUCGACUUCCGCAGAAAAGUAAAUAAAUGCUACAGAGGAAGAUCCUGUCCCAUUAUAGUUCACUGCAGUGAUGGAGCAGGGAGGACCGGGACAUACACACUGAUUGAUAUGGUUUUGAAUAAGAUGGCUAAAGGUGCUAAAGAGAUUGAUAUUGCUGCUACUCUGGAACACCUGAGAGAUCAGAGACCUGGCAUGGUUCAAACCAAGGAGCAGUUUGAGUUUGCAUUGACUGCAGUGGCAGAAGAAGUGAAUGCUAUCCUUAAAUCCCUCCCUUAGUGAGAAAUCAAGCAGCAAGAGGCAUCUAGUUUCCCUCUCCUUCCUCUCCUUCUUUCUUAUUUUCUGCCUUAUUCUCUCUAUCUGGAUAGUGUAUAUAAAGUUAGGAUUCAUUAAAAGCUUUUUUCUCGUUUCUUUUGAUGUGUACUGGCCUUGCAGUGCAGACAGUCUACUUAUAUUGAAAAGAUAUUAUAUGUUUGGAUAUAUUAAUCAUAUAGCUAUAGAUUUUUACCCACAUGUAAAUGUUCGUUUUUAUUUUCGUCGACUUAUUUCUCUGCUGGUGGCCCAUGGUUAGUCAUUGCCAAAUGUGAUAUAAUGGUAAGCUGACAAUAGCUUGUUUCCGAUGCUGAAAGCGGUCUUUAAAACAUCUGCAUCUCAUCUAAGUUAUGGUACAAUAACAAAAAUGACUAAAGUUGUUUGUUGACAAUAUUAUAUGCAGCUAUGGAAAGUGCUUUGAAAAUGUACUUGGUAAAGGCCCAAAAUGCUGGUAUAUGUACUUAUCUUAAAAGGAAAUUUAGUAUCAUAGUCUGUUUUUAUUUCACAGACAGUUCUAUUUCACUUAUCUUAACAAUCAGAGGCACUAGAAAGAUACACCUAAAAAGAAAGACCUGCAUACCUUCUUGUGUCAUUGUGCAUACCUGCCAAGACAUUCCAAAAAGUCACAAAGUGUGCUUUAUUUAAGUCUAUAUUGCAAUAAAUCCUAUUAGCUCCUUAACAGCUCGUUACUACCCUCAACUUCAAGUGGAGCUCCAUGGGUUUGCUUAUAUCCUCCCCACUGGUUUAGCUUCUCUCUCUGCCAUUUAAUCCAUGCAUUUCAUGUGCAAUGACACCUAGCCAUUGAGUACUUUGCUGUUAGUGAGUCUGAGAGGUUCCCACUUAUUUUUGAUACUGCCUUAUUUUGAUUCUUUUCAAACCAUUAAUAAGCUAUCCAUUUGGGACACAUCAACCCUCCUGAGAACACGGUGUGGUGUUUGGUGUCAUGGUGAACUGAGAAGAGGUGCUAGAUGACCUAAAGUGCCCAUUUUUACAAGCCAAUGCACAAUACCAAACUUUUUGCUAUGGAUCUCUUCACCAAAAUAGUAUGUGACCACAGGUUCUGUGAUGACACUGGGGCUAAACCUUGGGUUUUCAGCUCAAAGUCAUAUGAUCCAAUAAACUCAUUUCAGUUCAAUCUUAUUUGUAUAGCACUUUUAACAAUAUACAUGGUCACAGCUAAUCUUUAAAGGAAUAUAGAAAUUCUGAAUAAAAAAAAAAAACAAAGCUUAAAAUUCUAAUUUAUAUUUAUCCCUCACAAGCAAGCCAGAGUCAUAGUGGCAAUGAAUAACCCCCUGAGAUGAUAUGAGGAAGUAACAUACAGUUAGACUGAACAGCAGCCAUCUGAUCUGAGAAGUUUCCAAAGCAAAAUAAGUGAAUAACAACAGUGUUUGUUGUAAAUAUCGUAUCAAACUUCACUUUAGGACUGUUGCAAGGUCUUGGCAAGUACAAUAUACAUUUUUAUGGGAUGAAGGUAUAAGGUAAAAGGAGAUACUGCUUAAGGGCUAGAAGAUGAUUAGCGUAAAUAAUGUAUGGAAAUUGACUAAUUAGUGUCUCAAACCGUACACCCAAGAGGUGGACCAUCAUGGUAGGUGUGUAGUAAAUAGUAAUUGUAAAGUGUUUGUACCAGCCAUAAACACACUAACAUACCACUUCCUAGUCAUUGUCCCUGCUGUGUUGAGAACAGAUGGCCUACUGUCACAUGUACACUGCAAAAAUGACAUCUUAGUAAGGUAUAAAUAUUUUGAAUAUAGUUAAAAUGAUCUAUUUCUUAUUAAUAUAUAUAAAACUCACAUGCUAUCAUUUAUUUCAGCUUAGGAGAAAAGUGUUGUUCCUGAGUCUCUUGUGAGAUGGUUUUAAGAAUUUGCUCGAUGUAAAUAAAAUAUAUAAUGUGCUGUGAUGGCAUACUGGGCAGAUUGCAGAAGCCACUAAAAAUGUACUACCCUGUUCAGCUAGAAUAAUCAUUACACCUCUUAAUGAUCCAGAUUAUUGUAUUUACCACCAGAAUUCUAUUCUAAUCUAUUUUUCUUUCUCAACAAAUGAAAUGCUGUUGUCCUGUGAUUAAAGUUUAACUGUAUGUGAAACAAUAA